GCAACUCUCCAACCCCGGUACCAUCACUUCUCCGGACAGGACGAGGGCCCUCCUGUCUUGUUUCUCUUGUCCAUUGGAAUUUGUCUUUUCUUUCCCUCCUGGCCAUCAUGGCCGAAUCUUCCAUGGAUGCCCUUUUCAAGGGCAGCUCCGGCAGAAGUACGCGCGGUCUUCUACGCAUCAUCAUUCUAGUGACCAUUGCUGCCGCUGCUGUUUCUAGUCGACUGUUCAGUGUUAUCCGAUUCGAGAGUAUUAUUCACGAAUUCGAUCCUUGGUUCAAUUUCCGUGCUACAAAAUAUCUAGUUCAGCAUGGCUUUUAUGAGUUCUGGGACUGGUUUGACGACCGCACAUGGCAUCCUCUUGGGCGGGUCACCGGAGGUACCCUGUACCCUGGCCUCAUGGUAACAAGUGGCGUUAUCUACCACCUUCUCCGAUUCCUGACGAUUCCCGUUGACAUUCGCAACGUUUGUGUCUUAAUGGCACCCGGAUUCUCUGGGUUGACAGCCCUGGCAAUGUAUCUUCUAACUAAUGAGAUGACGACCUCCCCCUCCGCCGGUCUCCUUGCCGCUGCUUUUAUGGGCAUCACCCCCGGAUACAUCUCGCGCUCCGUGGCUGGCAGCUACGACAACGAAGCCAUUGCUAUUUUCCUUCUGGUUUUUACCUUCUUCCUCUGGAUCAAGGCUGUUAAGAUUGGAUCCAUCAUGUGGGGCGCCCUCACUGCCCUUUUCUACGGAUACAUGGUUUCAGCAUGGGGUGGAUAUGUCUUCAUCACCAACUUGAUUCCCCUGCAUGUCUUCGUCCUUCUCUGCAUGGGCCGAUAUAGCUCUAGACUUUAUAUUAGCUACACCACCUGGUAUGCGCUUGGAACUCUGGCCAGCAUGCAAAUUCCUUUUGUUGGAUUCUUGCCAAUCCGGAACAGCGACCACAUGUCCGCCUUAGGGAUCUUUGGUCUCCUUCAACUUGUUGCGUUUGCGGAGUUCGUCCGUGGUUUCAUUCCAGGCAAACAGUUCCAAAGACUUCUUACUGCCACUAUCAUACUCACUUCGGGUAUCGCCUUUGUUGGACUGGUCGGAUUGAGCAUGUCAGGUGUCAUUGCCCCCUGGAGCGGUCGCUUCUAUUCCCUGUGGGACACUGGCUAUGCUAAGAUUCAUAUUCCAAUCAUCGCGUCUGUUUCUGAGCAUCAGCCCACCGCCUGGCCAUCGUUCUUCUUUGAUCUGAACUUCCUGAUCUGGCUCUUCCCUGCUGGUGUUUACAUUUGUUUCCGUGAUCUCAAGGAUGAGCAUGUGUUUGUCAUCAUCUAUGCGGUUCUUGCAAGCUACUUUGCUGGUGUCAUGGUUAGACUCAUGUUGACCUUGACCCCAAUUGUGUGUGUUGCGGCGGCGCUGGUCUUGUCUUACAUCCUCGAUACUUACCUGAAGACAUCCCCUGGCCCCAAUACCCGUGGUAGAACCAAUGAUGACCCCUCUUCCGAGGGUCUCCGUUCUGCGCGGACCCCUGAAGUUGGAAUCACCUCUUACUUCUCCAAGAUCGUCACCACGGGAGCCAUGAUUGUUUACCUCCUCUUAUUCGUUGCCCACUGUACCUGGGUUACAUCCAAUGCGUAUUCAUCCCCAUCCGUGGUUCUGGCUAGCCGCAUGCCAGACGGGAGCCAAUUUAUCAUCGAUGACUACCGAGAGGCAUACUAUUGGCUUCGUCAAAACACCCCCCAGAACGCCAAGAUCAUGUCCUGGUGGGACUACGGCUACCAAAUUGGUGGCAUGGCAGAUCGCCCAACGCUUGUUGACAACAACACAUGGAAUAACACUCACAUCGCCACCGUUGGAAAGGCCAUGAGCUCGCGUGAGGAAGUUAGCUACCCCAUCCUUCGCCAACAUGAUGUCGACUAUGUCUUAGUUGUCUAUGGUGGCUUGCUAGGAUACUCUGGCGAUGACAUCAACAAAUUCCUCUGGAUGGUCCGUAUUGCCGAAGGUAUCUGGCCCGAUGAGGUCAAGGAACGGGACUUCUUCACUUCACGUGGAGAAUAUCGGGUCGAUGACCAGGCCACUCCCACCAUGCGCAACAGUUUGAUGUACAAAAUGUCGUACUACAACUUUAACAAGCUUUUCCCUAUGGGUCAAGCCAUGGACCGUGUUCGCGGCUCUAAGCUUCCUGCCGAAGGUCCUCAGCUUUCCACCCUCGAAGAAGCUUUCACCAGUGAGAACUGGAUUAUCCGUAUUUAUAAGGUCAAGGACCUCGACAACUUUGGCCGAGACCACAACAGCGCGGUUGCAUUUGACCAAGGCAGCAAGCGAAAACGGACAACUAAGAAGAAGGGUCCCCGAGUUCUCAGGUCCGAAUAAGUGAGGGGGUUGAGCUUCCUUUAUUUAAGGAUCGUGUAAUUAAGGGAAGAACUCCCUUUUGUUUGUUUAGAAUUUUUUUUUUUUCAUUUUCAUGUCUUUGUAUUUAUUUUUUACCUGUUCGGAUGGGGGAAGAAGAAGGUUCAUAAAAAAAAAAGCAUCUAAAUGCCCCGAAGUCAAAGACAUUUAUUUGGCUUGUAUAGCCAAAACCCAAUGAAUCCAACAACGAUCACCAUGUACCCGACCAAUUUUCCCUUGGGAGGCAAAUAAUUGCGUCAAUGUAAUGAAUUU